CGUCAGAGGCUUUUGUCUCCGCAACAAUUACUUUUAUAUAAUAAAAUUAUAGAAUAAAUGCAUAUUCUACAAGAUAUCGACCCUAAUAAUUGGAAUAAAAUUGAACGUGAUCACGAAAUCGUUUGAGGAUAUGUUGGAAUUUGUUCUAUGAGUUGAGCCCCUUUCAAUUUGAAAUGUUUAUUUCAAUGUUCGAUAUGUCUUGCUGUACAGUAAUCAAAUUAUGACCUUGGAAAGACUUUUAAUACCUUUAACCUAAAUUUUGAAUAAAUAAUCGAAACUAUAUCCAAGCUUAAUUUUCUUUGCCAUGUUGGUACUUACUGGGAAUUUUCGAGGUGUGCGGGUAAAAUACUCUCUGCCAGAGGGUUGCAGAGAGUCUCUGGUGUGCGCAGUGUUUUCACGUGUAUAUUUGUGUGUAUUUGAGAUGUCAUAUUCGUCUACGCUUCAUUCAAUCACAUCAUAGUUGUGUGGAUGUUAUAUAGGGAAUUUAUUGCGAUACAUUGUGUUCUCGAUGGUAUUUUAAUAAAUAUUUCAUAAAACCUACAGCUUAAACUGACACUUAUAUUAAAUCGAAUAGAAAAUUUAAGAGACAAUGGAGGACGACGAUCCAGAGAGAUUGUUAAUUCGCGAGAAAAUAUCCGGGAUGAGUUUUGAAGAACUUGUUAACCUCAAAAAGGAGCUGGGUGGACAAGCAUACAAUGAAGCAAUAUUUGGAAUUAAAAAGAAACCUUGCAUUCAAAAACGUCUGAAUAAAAAUAGACCUACUGAAAUUUCCUCUAAAAUACGUCCACGUGCUUUGGCCAAAAUAUUGUCAUCAUCAUCAUCGACAUCGACAUCUUCAUCUGCUCCAGAGGCACGUGACCCUCGAUUUGACCAUUUGUGUGGAGAAUUUGAUGAGAAGAGAUUCAAAACUGAUUAUUCAUUUAUCAGUGAUAUUAAAGCACGUGAAAAAGGGAUACUGAAAAAAAAGCUGAAGCGUGAGAAGGACAGUGCCAAGAGAGAAAAAUUGCUUUACCUCAUAAACAGAAUAGAAAAUCAAGAAAGAGCAGAACAUAAACUGAAUGAAGAACAAAAGAAAAAGAACCAGGAACUUGAAGAACGUAUUCAAAUGCUCCGUGAAGGGAAGAAACCACGCUUCGUGAAUAAAUCGGAAAAGCGGGUCCUUGAUUUGGUGGAGCAAUAUGAAGAUUUAAAAAAGAAAGGCAAAGUAGAGAAAGUGAUUGAAAAAUAUAGGAAGAAAAAUAAAAGGAAAGAUGCCAAGAAAAUGAAUUUUGAGUAAAAAUAAAUUUUAGAAAAUUAAAUUUACAUCUUCAUUUUUUUUAUUAGCUGUUAUGGAGAGUCUGCCCUGGAGGUAUCUCAUCCUUUCUUCAAAGAACACCCACCCUCACAUUUCCAUCUUCUAAUGGUUUCUGAACUACUUGGUUCUGCAUGAAGUGGGUGUGCUACUGUUGUACUUGUCUGCCC